GUAGAUCCUGGUUUUGGCCUGUGACGACGUAUAUUGCAUAUAAAUUGUGACCGAAAUAUUGUGAUCUAGUUACAGAUACGGGAACGUACCAUACAACAAUGAGUGACAAACGUGAAAAAGAGGUCAACAUACAAGAUUCCAAUAGCGAGUCGUCGUCUGAUGGCGAAUCGGCUCCACCAGCCUCGAAUACAACAACAUACGUUGCUGACAAUUCUACUGUGGAUUCACUGGUGGCAAAAAUUUAUUAUUACCUAUCGGUGGAGUCGGAUCAAGACGAUGAAGAAGGUGAUUUGAACUCCUCACCUACCCCCCCUGACGCACCACCAGAGCCCUCUGAUGAACAGGAUGGCAAUGCAGAAGAUGAAGUCGUCGGUGAUAUCGAUGAUAAGAUAAGCAAAAUAGAAGGCUUAGAGAAUUUGGUCGUGAAUAGUCCGAGCUGGUUUUUACACGUCAAGCCACACUUGACUAAAGAAGAACUUAAGGAAUUGUGGGAGAGAACUCCUUGGGGAAUAAAAUGGUUUUGGGAUGAGAACGGCGACGAUGAUGAAGAUGAAUAUGGAAAUCAGGAGCGGGGAAGAUAUAUUAUCCAAGCACCCUUUUUUUAAUUGAAAAUCAUAUUACUUUAUUUGUAUUAAUUAUACAUAAACAUUUUUUAUAACAUUUUACUUUUAACCAGAUAUGAUUUGUUGUGCCCUUUCAUGACUAUCUUUCAAUCAAGAUGAAGCGAAAUUGAAGUAUUAAAUGUGUCUAGAUUUGAUCUUCUAAAAAUUAGUAC